GCGCCACGAUGUUUGAGUUCAGUUACUACAUCGACUCUUAGCUGUCGCAUAAAGUAACUUCUCUCUCAUCCAAAGAUAAAAUUGUAGAAACUUUAUUUUUACAUAUUCCUCUAAAAUUCCUCUCCGUCAGUAAAAUGCGUGAGUGUAUCUCCAUCCAUGUGGGUCAGGCUGGUGUCCAGAUUGGCAAUGCCUGCUGGGAGCUCUAUUGUCUGGAGCAUGGGAUCCAGCCAGAUGGUCAGAUGCCCAGUGACAAGACCAUCGGAGGAGGAGACGACUCCUUCAACACCUUCUUCAGUGAGACUGGAGCUGGCAAGCACGUCCCCAGGGCUGUGUUUGUGGAUCUGGAGCCCACUGUCAUUGAUGAGGUGCGAACUGGAACUUACCGCCAGCUCUUCCAUCCUGAGCAGCUGAUCACUGGGAAGGAGGAUGCAGCCAACAACUACGCCCGUGGGCAUUACACCAUCGGCAAAGAGAUCAUAGACUUGGUUUUGGACAGGACUCGCAAACUGGCUGACCAGUGUACUGGCCUCCAGGGCUUCCUGGUCUUCCACAGCUUUGGAGGUGGCACCGGUUCUGGUUUCACCUCCCUGUUGAUGGAACGCCUGUCUGUUGACUAUGGCAAGAAGUCCAAGCUUGAGUUCUCCAUCUACCCAGCUCCCCAAGUGUCCACAGCUGUUGUUGAGCCCUACAACGCCAUCCUGACCACCCACACCACCCUGGAGCAUUCAGACUGUGCUUUCAUGGUAGACAAUGAGGCUAUCUAUGACAUCUGCCGUAGGAACCUCGAUAUCGAGCGUCCCACCUACACUAAUCUUAACAGGUUGAUCAGCCAGAUUGUGUCCUCCAUCACUGCUUCCCUCCGAUUCGAUGGUGCCCUCAAUGUUGAUCUGACAGAGUUCCAGACCAACUUGGUACCCUAUCCCCGUAUCCACUUCCCCCUGGCCACCUAUGCCCCAGUGAUCUCAGCAGAGAGGGCUUACCAUGAGCAGCUCUCUGUGUCUGAGAUCACCAACGCUUGCUUUGAGCCAUGUAAUCAGAUGGUGAAAUGUGACCCACGUCACGGCAAGUACAUGGCCUGCUGUCUGCUGUACCGUGGUGACGUUGUGCCCAAAGAUGUUAACGCUGCCAUUGCCACCAUCAAAACAAAACGCUCCAUCCAGUUUGUAGACUGGUGCCCAACUGGUUUCAAGGUUGGUAUCAACUACCAGCCCCCAACUGUGGUACCUGGUGGAGAUCUGGCCAAGGUCCAGAGGGCAGUGUGCAUGCUUAGCAACACCACUGCAGUGGCUGAGGCUUGGGCCCGCCUUGACCACAAGUUUGACCUGAUGUAUGCCAAGCGUGCAUUCGUGCACUGGUACGUAGGUGAGGGUAUGGAGGAGGGAGAGUUCUCUGAGGCCAGGGAAGACAUGGCUGCCCUGGAGAAAGAUUAUGAGGAGGUGGGUGUCGACUCCAUUGAGGGAGAGGGAGAGGAGGAGGGAGAGGAGUAUUAAAGUGAGUGACUUGAUUCACCUUAGUCAUAUCACUAGCAUGCUUAUCACUGGUCAGAAGUUUACAUGGCUCAGCUUUCCUUAUUAGCGUUGGAAAUGGCUAGCAAACACUGUCACACAUCAUAGAUAUUCAUGCAUUCCAUUGGAACCGAAAGUUGUUAAUGAAAUUUGCUGUGGUUGUGUUCAGGGAAUGUCAUUGUGUUGCAAUGGUUUUACUUUUUACGGUUUUAUGUUAUUUUACACUGCAGCGGUCUGUCCUCUUUUGUCUGUGAUAUGCAAUAAAUUACUGGAGGAGCUUU